AUGGCCAACGAAUUAUAUUUGAAUCUAAAGACUAACGGAGAGAGAUUUUAUUGGGCCAGCACGUGGUGCGAGCUGAAAAAAUUUGUUUUAGACGAUCUAAAGCUGACAGGUCGUUGGACUUCACCUGGCGGCGAAGUCAAACUAUUCACGAGUGAUAAUUUAAGUAUAAAAUGGCAUGGGAAGUCUACUAAAUGGAUAACGGUGAUUGGAGAUCCUAGUGACACAUUAGACCUUACUAAUGUGUUGACGUCUAUAUCAGGAAAAGCUUCCGAUUGUCAGGAUGAAACCCCUGAAAAUUGUGAACUAAUCGACGCUGAUGAAGGCAAGCACAAUGGCUGUUCUAGUCUAGGUGAGCAAGCCAACGUUGAUAAAGACAUCCACAUUGGCUGUACUAGUCUGGGAGAAAAAGUUGCAGGUAUGAGCGAAGCAAUUGAUCAAACUGCACCCUUGCCUACAAAUACGACUAAUAGAAUUGAUAAAAUUGAAACCGAAAUCAAGUAUUUUGAGUCUAAAUUUAUGGAUAAAAUUCUAACAGUGGUUAACGAUAUGAAUAUUUUAAAGAACUACUGCCUAAAUAAUGGGCUUGAAUGCGUAAAUGGAUUACGGCAAGAAAAUACAAAACUUAAGGAAGAAAACAAUGCUUUGAAAGAUAGUCUUCACAUAACUAAAUACGCUUUAUCUGAUUUGAAUUAUAAAGUAAAGGAUCUUGAGAACCAAAAAGAUAGCCUUACAACUACUCUAAAAAUUUUAUAUCAAGAUUCUAUCAGCACUAUGAGUAUCACUCUAAACAAAAGGAUGCAAAUGUCGACCCACACAACAAUUGCUUGAAUAAAACUAAAUCCGUAAUGACUCAGAUAGACAGCGAUAUAACCCAUUCUCAAAGUGGACUGAGCGACGAACCGAUUAUUGUGCUUGAUAACGAAGGAGCGGGACUUAUAAAAGCUACUAAAUCUCGCAAAACUAAAACAAACAUAGACAAAAGGCCGCAAACCCCUACACAUACGUCUAAACAGAAUAGCAUUCUCUCAGGAGGAAACCCGGUGUUUAAUAACGAAGUUACCACAGUGGCUGCCCACUCGAUCAUUAAGAAUGUUCAUAAUACAAAGGGAGGCAACCAAGCAAAUGAUCCUAUUCCCCUCAUACUAACCACUGAAGCCAAAAAAGUCGAUAUUGAAGUUAAUGAUGUCAAUGAUCUAAAUUCCACUAACGUUAGUGUAAGCGAGAUCUCCAGUCAAAAUAACCCAAAUCCUACUACCAGAUUUAAUAAACCAUCAUAUCCAAAUACCCAAACUCCGAAACAUUUAGUGCCUUGUCCCUUUCUACGUAGAAAGAGACAUUGU